UAUACAGAAGUCAAAGCGCUGAGGAAUUUAUUUUAUAAACUGUAAAUAAAUUUAAAAAAAUCUUCAAUUUUGCAAAAACAAACUGUACGGAAGAUGAAGAGCUUAAGAGCCCGUCACAUCAGUCGACUGCUGCGCUGCUUCAGCACAACCACGAGGUAUAACUACAAGGUGACUGUGGUGGGUGGUUGUGGCGGCAUUGGACAGCCGUUAUCGCUACUGUUGAAACGAAACACCAAGGUUAAGACACUCGCCAUUUACGACGUCGCUAGGACACCCGGUAUUUACACCGAUCUCUCGCAUAUCGACACCAGCGUAGUGGUGGAGGGUUAUCAAUGCGCGGAGAAUUUACCAGCCGCCUUGGAGAAGGCUGACAUUGUGUUGCUCGUCGGUGGCGCUGCACGUAAACCGGACAUGACGCGUGAUGAUCUCUUCAAGUUGAAUGUGAAUGUUGUGGAAGAGGUGGUCACCACUAUAGCUGAUAAAUGUCCAAAAGCUUUGGUGGGCAUAAUAACGAAUCCUGUAAAUUCCUGCGUGCCUGUGGCGGCGGAAAUUCUGAAAGAGAAGAAUGUAUUCGAUCCAAAACGUCUUUUUGGCGUCACAACACUUGAUUUGGUGCGCGCACGCACAUUUAUCGGUGAAAUACUCGAUAUGGAUCCGGGCAAAGUUAGUAUACCCGUUAUAGGUGGUCACUCGGGGGAGACCAUCCUUCCCAUACUCUCGCAAUGUAAGCCACCAUUGAAAUUGGACAAAGAGAGAGCAACAAAAUUAAUCAAACGCAUACAGGACGCCGGUACGGAAGUAGUUAAAGCCAAAUGCUUGGAUGGUGGCACUUCCGCUACGCUUUCCAUGGCUCAUGCUGCGUACCUUUUCACAGAUGCUCUUCUUCGAGGGCUGCAAGGUGAUUGUAAGCCGGUGAAAUGCGCUUAUGUUGCUUCGGAUGUAUCGGAUUGUGCCUUCUUCUCAACCCCCUUGCAGUUGGGCAAGAAUGGCGUUGAAAAGAAUUUGGGUUUGCCAAAGAUGAAUAAAGACGAGGAGGAGAUGUAUUGCAAGGCGGUGGAAAAGUUGAAAAAGCACAUCAAAUCGGGCGUAGAUUAUUUUAAAAAUAAAUCUAAGUGUGAUAAGAAGGUCAAAGAGGAAAAGAAAGACAAAGAUAAGAAAUGUUAAAGAAGUACUAAAUGGAAUGGUUUAGAUAAUUAUGUAGUUCUACUGUGUACCUCCGUUACUACUCUUUUCUGAAGAUCUUCAAAUAUGUCGAUGCGUACGGGUACAUAAAUAUACGAUCCUUUCUUUUAAA